AUGGCGCCAAAGUCGAAGUCAACAGCAUCAUCAACGGGAGGUAAACGAAAGCGACCCGAAGUGAAAGAUGAAGUAGAGGACACAAGCAGUGGAGAUGAUUUUGAGGAUGAAGAUGAGCAAGACUCUCUUUCGGAUCACUAUGAAAGCCCUCCCACCAAAACAAAGAAGACAAAUGGGAAGUCAAAGACAACUCCCACUAAACCGAGCGGAAAGAAAACCCCCAAAUCCAGCUCGAAAUCAUCAUCUUCUACAAAAGCUAAAUCCGAUACCAAGGAGAGCACCAAACCCGAACCCAAGGGAAAAUCAUCUGCCAAGGCCAAAACAGCGGCUCAACCUACCAAAUCUCGCCAGAAGCUGAAAGAUAAUUCUGCUUUACUUAAAUACCUUCUUUCAGACGAAGCGUUAGACUAUGCCAAUCCUUCCCCUAAACAUGGAUAUGGUGAAGCUGAUUGGGCUUCACACACUUCUCCUUCUAAUCCCAAAACAGCUCCUGAACCACUGCCUAAACCAUCCGCAUCAAAAUCCGAUCAAGUCAAAUCAGAGACUGAACAUCCUGCAAUGAAAAAAGGAAUUAGAUAUCCACAUUCACCAAUGACACCCUUUCAAACUUUAGUCUGUUGUUUGAUUUUAUCGAAACCGUUAUCGCACAAGCUGGGUAUAAGGACGAUAUCAACGUUACUGAAUCCGCCUUAUAAUUUCGGUGAAUUCAGCGUAUUGGAAGAAGCUGAUGAGACUAGGUGUCUCGAGGCUUUAUGGAAAGCUCGUACUCAACACAAAGAGAAAACAGCGGUACAAUUCGGAGAUUUAGUUGAUGGUGUCAGGGGUUUAAAUGGUGAAGGUGAAGAAGAUUCUUUGAAUGGAAUCAAAAGAGCUAUAGAAGGGUUGCCGGUCGAUCAAGCCCAAAAACGGGUGGGUGAUAUGCUAAGAUCAAUCAAGUACAUCGGUCCAGUUGGCGUGGGUAUCUUUCUAAGGAGAAUACAAGGUCAAUGGAAAGAAGUUUUCCCUUAUGUGGAUGAAAGAUGUCUAGGUGCUGCAAAAGCCAUUGGUCUAAUAGGUGAAAAUGAAGGUGCAGAAGAAAUGGGUAAAUUAGCAGGAGGAGAUGGGGCGAAUUUGGUCAGGUUGUUAGAUACCCUGAUUGGUUUAGAUCUGGAGAAAGGAAAAUUAGACGAAGUGGCCGAGAGAUACUCGUAA